AGAGAGAAAAAUAUGAAAAAGAUAUACAUUGGCAAAACUGCCCUCAAAACCCAAAGAAAUGGUUGCAAGCAUCCGAAAAGAAGCUCUUUCCACGACCACAAGGAAGACCUCCGUAAGCGUCUGUCAUACACCACCCACAAACUAGAGAUGGUGGAGACAGAGUUCGACUCCACUCGCCAGUACCUGGAGACGGAGCUGCGACGGGCCCAGGAAGAACUGGAGAAGUUCACAGAUAAACUACGCAGGAUUCAGAGCAGCUAUGCAGCUCUUCAAAGGAUCAACCAGGAUCUGGAGGACAAGAUGCACAGGACGUCUCAGCACCAUGAAGAGGAAAAGAGAGCCCUCAGCCGAGAGAUCAUCGUCCUCAACAAUCAUCUCAUGGAGGCCAAGAUCACGAUCGAUAAACUUAGAGGGGACAACGACAUGUACAGGAAGGACUGCAACCUGGCAGCCCAGCUACUGCAGUGCUCCAAGUCUCAUAUCAGAGCCCACAAGAUAUCUGAGCUGCCUCUGGAUUUUCAAGAGCGUCUCAGCUCCCACAUCGAGAAACACAGCCGCAGCGGUGGGGCCACCAUGGCGGUGUGCCACACUUCUUACUCGGAUGCCGUACCCACCGCCGUCAUUGCCAAGGUGUUGGAAAAGCCUGAACAGGGGAACAGCUGCCCGGUAACACGCUCUCCCAGCCCGCAGCCACAGGAUGGGGACUUCCUUUCCGGAACAGGAAGCACUGACCAACUCAACCGUCGCAUCACAUACAAGACUUCUGACCUGUACUGCAGCGAUACGGCCCUCUACUGCCCUGAACGCUGGCAGGACACAGAGCGCCGGCAGAGUGUGGACCUCCACGACACGAGCUUGCUCCAGCUCCACGGCCAGAACUCCACCGACAGCAACCCAGAUGAAGAAGCCUAUCACUCGGAGAAUUUCGCCCACCACGAACCCCCAUCCUCCUUCCAACUCCAUGAUGAGUUUGGCACAGGUUCGCUCCCCGCCUCCAGCUCGUACUCCAGCUUCAGCAUUGCAUCAGAUGAAAAGGGCGGUAUUGGGCGCACUGCCGGUGGCGCCUUAUCCUCAUCCCACCACGCUCUCUAUAUGGACUGGCGAGAUGGUGGUAAUGGAGACUAUGAAAGUAAAAAGAUGUCAUCUUACAGUAAAGACAGCACAGGCUUCCCCAAAUCCAAUAGCAUCCAGCACAUGGCGGCCCCCAGAAGCCCGCAGAAGGGCAACGCACCAAUGUACACACGGACAACGUCCUGCUUCAGUGAGCCGUAUCACUCCAGCACCCCUCGCCUGACCUCCUCCCACAGCAUGGGGUCGACGUCAGGGUUGGCCCAAGUGCGUGGCGGAGAUGUUGACAGGGGCAGAGGCAGUGUCCGUGUCCCUGAGGAUGAGCUGAGUGGGCGCUGGAGGAAGCUUAGCGUGGAAGACAUCAAUACAUUCUCAUCUUCUUAUCAUAACAUCACAGGUCGAAUCUCGCCGUACAGCUCCUCUGAACGCCACUUUGCCAUGGGCCCCUCCAGCAAGGUCAAAGCAGGGCCACUCUACAGCAGCUUCCAGGAUGGAGACGACGUCUUCCACGGCCGCAUGCUCGGCCAGUGUUUCACAGUGGAUCCCGCUUCACCCAACCACAGCCCAAAUUCGGGUGCCAAGCAUCCAGGUCUAGGGCAUCGUAAACAGGAUAAAAGCCCGGCACUUUACCGAGCUAAGAAAGACAGCCAGGACUCAGAGUGUAGUCUUUUCCUCUCAGGGAGCUCUAAAGAGAAGGAGGGCAGUGGGGGAGCGACAGCAGCCGUUAGCACCAAGAAGGACUAUGUUAAUCUGAGCAUGGACAGCUCAGUGGAGUCCUUACACCAAAGCUCCCUCGAAGCCUCUAGCCUCCAACACUACCCUUGCCCUAGGCCGAAUUCCCGGCCUCGGCCAAGCUCCAGCUCCGCUCUCAACAUCGGCCCUGCACUUCCAAAGAAGACCUCUCCAAGAUACCAAAAGUUUGGUAGCACAGGACUGACAAGGAAGGACAGUCUGACCAAGGCACAGCUGUAUGGGACACUGCUGAACUGA